UGGAUUGCAGGAGCUAUGCGUUAAGGCUCUUUACUCGCGCACGCACCUGACGUACAACUUUCCCGAAGGGAGGAAGAAGAAGAAGAGGAUCCCACCUUUCUCAUUUUCCUUUUUUUCUUCAUCUUCUCGUUGUUUCACACAAAUCUCAUUUGCUACAAUCUCUGGUAGAUGGAGUAUCAGUUCGUUCUGGGAGGGAUUCUAGCUUCGUGUUUGGUGAUUGUAUUUUUACUGUGCGGAUUUGCCCAGAAGAAGAAAUUCUCGGGCUCAAGAGGGAUAAACAGUAGCUCGUUUGCACAGAUCUCAGAAAAUGGAAAAUGCGAACCAGAGGAUGCCGGAGAUGCAGAAAUAAUCAUCGUGGGUGCUGGUGUUGCUGGGGCGGCUCUUGCUUGCACGCUUGGGAAGGAUGGACGAAAAGUGCAUGUUAUUGAAAGGGACUUGAGUGAGCCUGAUAGAAUCGUGGGUGAACUGCUACAGCCUGGAGGGUAUUUGAAGUUAGUUGAGUUGGGUCUUGAGGAUUGUGUGGAGAAAAUUGACGCUCAGAGGGUCUAUGGCUAUGCUCUCUAUAAGGAUGGGAAAAAUACCAAACUAUCAUAUCCUUUGGAAAAAUUUGACUCUGAUGUUUCUGGGAGGAGCUUUCACCAUGGGCGUUUCAUACAGAGAAUGCGAGAAAAGGCUGCAUUUUUCUCAAACGUGAAAUUAGAACAAGGAACAGUUACAUCUCUGAUUGAAGAAAAUGGAAUCGUCAAAGGGGUGCACUACAAAACCAAGGAUGGACAAGAGCUCACAGCGAAGGCUCCCCUCACCAUAGUCUGUGAUGGUUGCUUUUCCAACUUGAGGCGUUCUCUUUGCAACCCAAAGGUUGAUGUACCAUCUCAUUUUGUCGGUCUUGCCCUGGAGAAUUGCGAUCUUCCAUAUUCAAAUCAUGGGCAUGUUAUCUUAGGCGAUCCUUCACCCAUUUUAUUCUAUCCCAUCAGCAGCACUGAGAUUCGCUGUUUGGUUGAUGUGCCUGGCCAAAAAGUACCUUCUAUUGCCAAUGGUGAAAUGGCCACAUAUUUGAAAUCUGUCGUAGCUCCUCAGGUUCCACCAGAGCUGUAUAAUUCUUUUCUAGCAGCCAUUGAUAAGGGUAAGAUAAGAACCAUGCCAAACAGAAGCAUGCCUGCCUAUCCUUAUCCCACACCUGGCGCCCUUCUGAUGGGAGAUGCAUUUAAUAUGCGUCACCCUUUAACGGGAGGAGGAAUGACUGUAGCACUGUCUGACAUUGUUGUGCUGAGGAAUCUCCUUAAACCACUUCGUAACUUGCAUGAUGCUUCUGCUCUUUGCAAGUAUCUUGAAUCAUUCUACACUCUGCGCAAGCCAGUGGCUUCUACCAUAAACACAUUGGCAGGCGCAUUGUACAAGGUAUUUUGUGCAUCCCCUGAUCCAGCGAGGAAGGAAAUGCGCCAAGCAUGUUUUGAUUAUCUCAGCCUUGGAGGCAUUUUCUCAAAUGGACCAAUAUCUUUACUCUCUGGUUUAAACCCUCGCCCACUGAGCUUGGUUCUCCACUUCUUUGCGGUGGCUAUCUAUGGCGUUGGCCGUUUGCUAAUCCCAUUUCCUUCUCCAAAGCGCGUGUGGAUUGGAGCUAGAUUGAUUUCAGGUGCAUCAGGAAUCAUAUUCCCCAUUAUCAAGGCCGAAGGAAUAAGGCAGAUGUUCUUUCCGGUGACAGUGCCGGCAUAUUACAGAAGUCCUCCUGUUGAUUUACAUGAAUCAAGCUGAAACCACAUAUAGAAUGGAGAGAAAUUUUCAAGUUAGUUCCUACAUAUAGUUUCUGCUGUAGCUCUCUUUCUUUCUUUGAUUGUUUGGAAGGGGGAAAAGAAAUUAGUUGCAGUUCCAUAUUUCUUCCCCCAGGUCUGAUUAAGAGCAAGAACUGUGGACACUUGCUGCUUCAUUUGUAUUUUGUUCUGUGAGUUGUUAAAAAAGAAAGUUCCAUGAGCCUAUAUUCCAAUUGUAAGAUUUGCAGACAAUAUUAUAAUACUAUGCUUCAUCCUUCAUAGCCUGUGCUAGAUGAUGUUUUA